UCCUCCUCCAGCUGUGUGUGGUUCCCGGUCAGCUGAUCCAGGCUGAGCCAGAGAGAGGGAUAAGCCAAGCGCUAGCAUCCAUGGUGAUAAUCCAGCCUCGUCGUCCGGGCAGCGCGUGAAAUGAAUGAGAUCAACCUGUAAAAGACGCUUUGACGCCGCGGAGCCUCACCGGACCAGCACCAGAGUCUCUGUGCUAAACACCGAGCUUCGGAUCUUGUAGGAAAGCAGCAGAGGGAGCCAGAUCAGGAGGAGCAGCCUGAAGCCACCAUGCCCCCCAAGUUUAAAAGACACCUGAAUGAUGACGAGGUCACGGGAUCUAUCCGCAGUGAGAGGAGGAACCUGCUGGAAGAGGACUCUGACGAGGAGGAAGACUUCUUUUUGAGAGGCCCCACAGGACCCAGGUUUGGACCUCAAAGUGACAAAAUCAAGCAGGUGCAGUCGCAGGUUGAUGAAGUGAUCGAUGUGAUGCAGGAGAACAUCUCAAAAGUGAUCGAGAGGGGCGAACGUCUCGACGACCUGCAGGACAAGUCGGAGAGCCUAUCGGACAAUGCGUCUGCCUUCAGUAGCCGAGCCAAACAGAUGCACAGGAGGAUGUGGUGGAGAGACAUGAAGAUGAAGAUGAUUAUUGCCUUGGUCGUGGUCGCUCUCCUGCUCAUCAUCAUCAUACCGGUGAUCCUGCGAUAUCGCUAAUGUCUGAGGAGGAGUUCAGGGGAGAACCUUCGUCUUCCUCGCUCCUUCUCCCACCUCUCCCACCUCCACCACACUUCCUCUCCUCUGCACACAGUCCUCCACUCCUGCUAGGGGGGGCCAGCCAACCACCCAUAACCCUCCCCAGUAUUAGCCUGUGUACCCUCAAGGGUCUGACCUCGACUUGCCCUUAGUACAGAUCUUACCGUUGGCUUUGCCACCAAAGACUGCUGUGAGAUCAGCACUAAGGCUCCGUUAGAUCCCUGGCUUGAAACUUUGCUACAGAAAGGGAACACAGCGGGUAAGAAAAGGGGGGAGAUAUUUUAAUGCAGUGGGGGAGAAAAGAAUGACUCUCAGAGCUCUAGUCAAUCAGAAGGAUCGUUCCAUUCCAUGAUACAUAUCACAUGUCUGUCAGAACCUGGCUUUGCGUUGAAAGCAGGGAAACUCCAGGUCCUGUAUAUUACAUCAUAUAGAUAUAUAUACUGUAAAGGCAGGUAAUUCAUGCCAACCGUCUCUUCUUAGUUUAGCUGGUCUGAAUCUGCUGCAGCAGCCUGGUACAAAGACACCGUAACAUCGACCAGAUGAAUCUCAGAUGUCCACCCAUGAUUCUCUCUGUGUUCUCUUUGUCCAAAACGGACGAGGAGAACGUUUAAAGGGAAGAUUUUGUGAACACAAUUACAUUUCUCUGUGUUGACACCAGGCAGGAACAUCUGAGGUUCAUCUGCUCAGUCAAAGGUGGCUUCUUUUUAAUCAACAUUAUUCUUGUCUCCAAAAGUUCUCCUUUCCACAUUCCUCCUCAAAGUCUGUUGUACUGUACAACAGGACCAUGUUAAACCAAAACAUCCGGGUUAUGAAUGUCUCUUAGCCACCUCUCACCUUCCCCCUCCUGCUGAGCACUGGGCCGGUUUCAUUAGGCUGUCCUACUCUCCUGCGAGUGACAUUAAACCGUCUCUCACUGAUGCUUUUAUUUCGGUAAUUUUAGUACGGCUUCUUUUUUCGCCAUUUUUACGUUUCCUGUGUCUGCCGGCCGCUCAGUGUGGAGCUUGGUACGGACGCUGGUGUUCCCAUCGCCGCAGACGGGACACUUUGUCUCUGUGUACUGUCACGUUUAGGUUGUUUUUAAGUGCUGCAAGUUUAAAACUGUGAAACACACACUUUGUGUCUGGGUUGAUUAAUUGUAUAAUAAAAUUAAGCUACAUUGUCAUUUUAUUUUUUGUAUGUAAUUUAUUUUAGCUGUAAAUAUUGAUUCUGUAAUGAUGUACAAUAUUCUGGCAUUGCAUUGGAAGACUGUGGUAUAUCGAUAAUUUCUGCUCUGAAAUAAAUUGGUUUUAAAAGGCA